AUUUCCACUAUAAAAAUAACAUUUAUCUAUGGAUUCAAUCAUUCAGUCUUAGUAGUCAUAGUAACAUACACUUCAUAUCUGCAAUAAUGCCAAGCCUUUCCUUAUACUUAGUCACAUUUAUUUUUGUUGUUAGUAAGGUGCAAAGCAGGAUUUUGAGACUAAAUUCUUCAGAUCGAUUUAUCUCGGAUGGAGUUGAUCGAGUCGAAAAUCAAGCUACAUAUGGCAAAUGUGACCAUCUAUAUGGCUUCUUUCCAUGUGCUGAUAGCAUUGGAAGUUUCAUUUUCCUAAUAGCAAUCUAUCAGUACUUGCUGAUUGUAGGAGAAAAACUGGUCUCGAAUGGAAGCACAACGAUCUUUAAUAUACUUGGCACUGGCAUCUUCGGCGCUUCUCUGUUUCAGAUCUUGAAGGCUUUUCCAAGGAUUAUCUUGGUGAUCGCAUCUGGAGUUGCUUCUAGUAAAGAGAAAGCUCAGAAUCAGGUCUCUAAUGGAGUAAGCACUAAUGUUGGAGCCACGGUCUUUAAUCUCACUUUUAUGUGGGGAAUAUGCGUCAUAUUUGGCGCAAAAGAGAAGCAUGAAAAAUCAACUUUUCAACCUGCAGAAUCAUCACGUUUGAACUGUUUUCAGGUUUUAAGGAAUAAUGGCGUUACAAUUGACAAAAGGACAAACUACACUGCUGGAUUCAUGCUUCUCUCCUUGAUCCCAUUUGCUCUAGUGCUGCUUGUUAAUGCUUCCAACACAUACUUUGGAAGGCGUAUCGUUAUUUUCUCCGCACUUGUAGUAUCAGUCACAUUUUUGCUGUCAUACUUCACUUAUCAGCUUUUGGAUCCAUGGAUUCAAGAAAGAAGUUUAGAAUACUCGAAAUAUGAGAAUCUGCUAGCUGCUUUUCUCCAACAUGUGCAAAGGCAUGCAAGAGGGAUGCUCAUCGAUGAACAAGGGGAACCUGAUAUUCACGUCAUCAAAAGGUUAUUUGCUGAGACAGAUAGAGAUGCAAACAAAAGCAUAACACUUGUUGAAUUGGAGAAUUUGGUGAUUGAUAUGCAAUCUGGGAAGGUUAAGGUGGAUAAGGACUAUGCGAUUUACAAAAUAUUGAAGUACUUUGACCUUAACAAUGACAACAGAAUUGAUGAGUAUGAGUUUGUAGAAGGAUGCAAAAGAUGGAUAGAAGAAGCAAAGAUGUUAGCUAAAAGUGAUGAUUCUACUACCAGAAGAAUUUUGCAUGAGGUUGUUCAGCGGUAUACUAAGAAGCAAACAGAUGAAAUAGCUGAAACCGAGCAACGAAUGGCAAAAAUCUUGAAGCAUGUGGAAAGCCAAGCAUUAGAAGCUGAACACAUUCUCAAAGAUGACGGAAGUCCCAAUAUUGAACGUAUAAAAGAAAUCUUCCAUCAAUAUGAUAGUAAUGGGAACAAUUUCAUAACACAGCCUGAACUGGAAAGGUUAAUAUGUUCAGUCAAAUAUGGAGAAGUGCAACUAAAUACCGAUGAUUCGGUAAUGAAGUUGAUGAAAGAUUUCGAUACAGAUCGUAAUGACAUGAUCGAUGAACAGGAAUUCAUCCAUGGGAUGAUAAGAUGGCUCAACACAGUAACCCGAGUGACUAAUUGCAAGGACAAGAAGAGGGCCAUUGAUGAAUUUGACAAGAUUAUGUGGGAUGAAGAUGAAAAUUUGGUCUAUGAGGUGGGAAAAUAUGUAUUUCAAGUGAUUUUGGGGAUUGCAAUGCUGACUUUGUGCUCAAAACCACUUGUAUUUAGUAUUCGAAAGUUGUCUGAAGAAAUUGGAAUGCCAUCUUUCCUCAUUCCUUUUGUGAUAGUACCAGUGGCUAUAAAUGCAAGAAUGGUUAUAGCAGCAAUCUUUCCAGCAAGUCAGAAAAGCUCAAAAACUGCUUCUUUGACAUUCUCAGAGAUAUAUGUUGGAGUGAUCAUGAACAACAUCAUGGGCAUGACAACACUAUUGGUUGUAGUGUGUGCAAAGGAUUUAACUUGGGACUAUUCAGCACAAGUGCUAAUAGUUUUGGUGGCAUGUGCAACAAUUGGGCUUCUUGCAUUAUUCAGCAACAGGUAUCCACUUUGGACAAGCCUUUUGGCAUUUUCUCUUUACCCUUCUUGUGUGCUCCUCUUUUACCUUCUUCAGUAAAUUUUUAGGUUGGGACUAUUAUAUAGUGAGCUCGUUUGGGUUAAGCUGAUUGUAAAAUAGUUUAUGAGUAUUUUUAAGUGUUGAAACUUUUUUAUGAGUGAGCAGUUACGCGUUUGAAUAAAAGUGUUGAAAUUGAUAAUAGACCGUUGAUGUGUUUGUAAAUG